AUGGCUGCAGUGACAGCAAAUGAUGAGCCAAAGAACUAUGGAGAAGCUGUUAAAAUCAAAGUUUGGGUCGACGCUAUGGUUAAAGAAAUUGAUGCUUUGGAGAUUAACGACACAUGGGAAAUUGUAGAUCUCCCACCAGGAAAGAUGGCAAUUGGUUGUAAUUGGAUUUAUAAACUUAAAUUCAAUUCGGAUGGUACAAUUGAGCGCCACAAAGCUAGGUUGGUUUCACUUGGAAAUCGACAAACGGAAGAUGUAGACUAUGAUGAAACUUUUGCUCACGUGGUUAAGAUGACCACGAUACGUAUGUUUCUAAAAGUGGCGGCAGCAAAACAGUGGGUUGUUCAUCAAAUGGAUGUCAACAAUGUUUUUCUUCAUGGAGAUUUGGAAGAAGAAGUUUAUAUGCGACUCCCACCAGGGUUUAAGUCAGCCGGAAGCAACAAGGUCUGCAAACUUAAGAAAGCUUUGUACGGUUUGAAACAAGCUCCUCGAUGCUGGUUUUCAAAACUUACGGCUGCUCUUUGUGGGUAUGGUUUCAAACAAUCUCACUCUAAUUCCUCUUUGUUUAUGUUAACUCGAGGAGCUAGUCGCUUGUAUGUGUUGGUGUAUGUGGAUGACUUAAUUAUUGGUGAUGAUGAUGCUGAAGCUGUUGAUCGCUUUAAAGGUUAUUUGGGAGAAUGUUUUCAUAUGAAAGACUUGGGUCUUUUGAAGUAUUUUCUUGGUAUUGAAGUAGCGCGAUCAGAUAAAGGAUUCUACUUGUCUCAACGAAAAUAUGUCCUUGAUAUAAUCAAUGAAUGUGGAUUGCUUGGAGGACGAACAGUAACAACACCUAUCGAAGAGCAUCAUCAACUGUUGCGGCGUGGUGAUGAUUAUUAUGAAGAUCCAGAAAGAUAUCGCAGACUUAUAGCCUACUGUGAUUCAGAUUAUGCAGCUUGUCCUGUGACUAGAAGAUCAUUGACAGGCUUUGCUGAAAUGUUAGGCGAUUCUCCAAUCAAUUGGAAGACGAAGAAACAACGAGUUGUGUCGCGUUCUUCGACGGAAGCAGAAUAUCGCUCCAUGGCAGACACUACUAACGAACUGAAGUGGGAUCGUGAGUUGUUGUCUUGUUUUGGAGUUCAACAAACAGAGCCAAUGCGUCUUUACUGUGAUAAUCAGUCAGCUCUUUACAUUGCAAACAAUCCCGUUUUUCAUGAACGGACUAAGAAUGUUGAAACUGAUUGUUACUAUGUUCGGGAUGAGAUUCAAAAUGGUUCACUGCAAACUGCUAAGAUUCAUACAUCUGAACAGCCUGCAGAUAUCUUCACUAAGGCGCUUGGUUCCUCAUUGUUUAUGUAUCUUAGUCGCAAGUUGGGCAUAUGUGAUCUUCAUGCUCCAACUUGA